AUGACUUUCUCGUUCAGUCUGUCUGCGUCUCUGGGUCUCGUUUCCCUGGCCGUCCUUCUGGUUGUACUCUGGAGGUCAACUCUCCGUCAAGGCCCCUUGCCUCCUGGUCCUCCCCGUCUUCCCCUUGUCGGCAAUCUCUUGGAUAUCCCAAAGAUUUCGCCGUGGGUAGCUUAUCGAGACCUCAGCAGAAAAUAUGGCAAGAUUCUGUCACUGGCGGCGUUCGGUCAGACACUCAUCAUCGUGGAUGAUACUGAUAUCGCCGUCGAACUUCUUGAGAAGCGCUCGUUGAAUUACUCGUCUAGGCCCGAGUCUCACAUGGUCGCGCUUGUAGGAUGGGACUGGAAUUUCGGGUUCUUCCCCUACGGACCGCAAUGGCGCCGUUACCGGCGAGCAUUUUGGCAACAGUUCGAUACCGGCGCGGUAGCCAAGCAUGACCCUCACGUAAGGAGAGGCGCCGCUAUGCUGCUCUCAAGGCUUCUCCAGGACAAGCCAGAGCCCUCCGAAGAUAUACGCUACACCUUGGGAGCUAUUGUCAUCGGGAUGACCUACGGGAUACAAGUUGCAGAGAAGGAUGACAAGUAUGUCGCUCUUGUAGAAGAAGGGAGUGCUACGGCAGAAUACCUCCUUCCGGGUACGUCUAUUCUCGAGUUCCUGCCCGUACUCGCGCGACUGCCUACGUGGGUGCCUGGUACCUCAUUCCUGCGUACUCUGGAGCGCUGCCGUGAAACGGUUCGCCAGUUGCGACUUGUACCUUGGAAUGACACGAAGCAGGAUAGACUGGAAGUAGCGUACGAUGCGAAUAAUAUCGCCGCUGAGAUGCGUGAGGCGCUGUCUCAGUUGACUGUUGAAUCGGCGGCUGAGGAGGAAGCCGUGGCAUUGGACGUCACUGCUUCCAUCUACUCAGCUGCUGCUGAGACGACCUUCGCUACCCUGUGUGGCUUCUUCCUGGCAAUGUCCCUUUACCCAGACGUACAGAGGAAAGCUCAGGCCGAGUUGGAUACCGUCGUUGGGCCUGGACGUCUUCCCGAGCUUAAGGACCUAGAUCAGCUGCCCUACGUCAACGCGGUGGUCAAAGAAGCCUUACGCUGGCAUCAUCCCGCCCCUCUGGGUAUACCCCAUGUGAGCUCCCAUGACGACGAGUAUUCAGGCUACUUCAUCCCUAAGGGCAGCGUAGUCCUAGUCAACAUAUGGUCUAUCUUGCAUGACUCGAAGGCGUAUCCACAGCCAGAUGACUUCGUACCGGAACGCUUCUUGAACGAUGGCAAGCUUAAUACCGCAGUCAGAGACCCUUCAACCGUCGCCUUCGGGUUCGGUCGACGUAUUUGCCCUGGGCGACACCUUGCAGAAAACAUGCUGUUCACCUACAUCUCGUGCGUCCUGCACACCUACAAUAUCACACCGCCACUAGACGAGCACGGUCAACCCAUACACAUCCGACCUCGCGGGAAGUCUGGCCUCGUAUCGUAUCUGGAGGAUGUCAGGUGCACAGUCAAGCCUCGGUCUGCGAGUGCUGAGGCGCUCAUAUGCACCUUUGCUGCUGAGCUACAGCAGCAGAAUAGGGCGUAUCAAUGA